GGAAACGUCCCAUUAUUUUUUUUAUUCACCUCACAAACAAACACAACUUUCUCUGGACAGACCGUAUUGCCCGCCGUCACGGACAUUUAUCGGCCAUUACCCCGAACAAAGGCGGCUGCUCCCAUCGUCACGCGUCUGUUAUUGUUCGCGGCGGCUGAGCAAAAGUGUCUGUUGACAACUGACUCAUUAUUUACAACAUCUGCUGACACGGCCACCUGAAAUGAGCUGAGGACAGCGACAAGGAAGGAUCCCGCUCUGCUGACCGGUGAUGAGCGCUGAGGAGCUGUAGCUGAAAGUCGGAGGCAUCAUGGAGGACGACUGCAAGCCUCUGCUGAGCUCAGAACAAACUGCAGAGAGCCAAUCAUACGGAGGCUCCACGGACUCUCUGGACGUCAAGGUUAAAAGGCCUUUCCACGUCGAGCCCAGAAACAUCGUAGACCAUGACCCACAGGAGAGAGUGUCGGCUGAGGCCGCCAUCCUCAACAGUAGAGUCCAUUACUACGGUCGACUGACGGCCUCCUCUGACAGACUGCUGAGUCCUCCGAACCAUGUUAUCCCUCAUCCCGAGGAGAUCUAUGUCUACAGCCCGCUGGGGACGGCCUUCAAGGUGACAGGAAGUGACCACUCCUCCAAGAACCCCAGCAUCGUCACUAUAUUUGCGAUAUGGAACACGAUGAUGGGCACGUCUAUACUCAGCAUACCCUGGGGUAUAAAGCAGGCCGGCUUCACUCUUGGCAUCCUCAUCCUCAUCUUCAUCGGUUUGCUGAUGCUCUACUGUUGUUACAUCGUCCUCAAAUCUCCGAAAGCCAUACCCUACGUGGACACGUCGCACUGGGAAUUCCCGGAUGUCUGUCGGUACUACUUUGGAGCGUUCGGCCAAUGGUCCAGUUUGGUGUUUUCCAUGGUGUCCCUUAUUGGAGCCAUGGUGGUUUACUGGGUCCUCAUGUCCAACUUCCUCUACAACACAGGACAGUUCAUCUACAACUACGCUCACAAUGUCAACGCGUCAGAUUCAGAGUUUGGAACCAACGGCUCAGAAAGAGUCAUCUGUCCGUACCCAAACACGGGGCCUGGAGGGAACAGCACCAUGGCCUCUCUGUUCAUCAACAGCAGCAGCAGUGGAAACGAAACGUCCGACUUCACCUCCUUUGAACACUGGUGGAGCAAAACCAACACCAUCCCCCUCUACCUCAUCGUCCUGCUGCUGCCGCUGCUCUGCUUCCGCUCCGCCUCCUUCUUUGCAAGGUUCACCUUCCUGGGAACCAUAUCAGUCAUCUACCUGAUCGCUCUCGUCACCAUCAAAUCUGUUCGCCUCGGCUUCCAUCUGGAGUUCCACUGGUUCGAAACGUCCGGGUUCUAUGUUCCAGAGUUCAGGGUAUGCUUCCCUCAGCUCACUGGUGUCCUCACUCUGGCCUUUUUCAUCCACAACUGCAUCAUCACAUUGAUGAAGAGCAACAAGAACCAGGAGAACAAUGUGCGUGAUCUGUCCGUGGCGUAUCUUCUCGUUGGGUUGACCUAUCUGUAUGUGGGAGUCCUCAUCUUCGCCUCCUUCCCUUCACCUCCUCUCUUCAAAGACUGCAUCGAGCCAAAUUUUCUGGAUAAUUACCCGAGCAGCGACGUGAUGGUGUUUGUAGCCCGGACAUUCCUGCUCUUCCAGAUGAUCACAGUUUACCCUCUGCUCGGAUACUUGGUGCGGGUCCAGGUGAUGGGUCAGAUCUUUGGCAAACAUUACCCCAGUUUCUUCCACAUUCUGGCUCUGAACAUCUUAAUAGUUGGUUCUGGCGUCCUGAUGGCAAAGUUCUAUCCUAAUAUUGGAUCAAUCAUACGGUUUUCAGGAGCCACAUGUGGCCUGGCUCUGGUGUUUGUCUUUCCCGCUCUGGUGCACAUGAUCUCUCUAAAGCGACAGGGGGCGCUCCGCUGGCCGUCGGCCGUCUUCCACAGCCUCCUCAUCCUGCUGGGUCUGGCCAACAUGGUGGCUCAGUUCUUCACGUAGAGUGGAGCCAAAUGGGAGCAGAGAGACGAGCGGAUGAGGUGCUGGAGGCGUUGGACCAAACCAAAGAGUGUUGUUUUAAUCACAGGCGGGUUCCCAGCGACCAGCAGCCGCCGUCAGCCAAUCAGAGUGCACGCCUGUGCCUCUGUGAUGUAAGGUUUGGUGAAUGUUUGUGUUUGAGGGGGAAAAAAAAGAGGACGCCAUUGUCUCGGGAUGAUAACGUUAUCUUUUUACUGUCAGGUAUUUCUAUGAGCUCAUCUUCUACUGUUGAUUAUUUGUGUCUGUGUGUGUGUGUGUGUGUGGAACAGACUAUUUCUUUUAAACAGUAGAAUUAAAGGUUUGUUUUAAUAAGAGGAUCUUUAAACAUGUUUUUAUGAUACAGGUUGAAUAAUGCUAAAAGUUUUGGUGCUCUCUGUCCACUAGAGGUCUCCCCAUACCUUCCGUAUUCCGUGUGCACUUACACUUUCUAAUGACACAUACACACGUCCCGCAGAACUAUUAUACUUUGACGUACAGUAUAUUGUUUGCGUGGUCAAAAAUCUCUGUAUAUGGGGUCCACAUGUUGGCAGUUAUGAGUGUGUGUGACUGCAUUUGCAAGUGUGUGAGAUUCUGUCGCUCUGUCUUCCGAGCCAUGCUAACUCGAUGUGGACGCCUGUGAUUCUUUUUGAACUAAAAUGACGGCUUGUAGCAAUUCCAUGUUUCAUGAAAGUAUGAAGUCCUACCUUGACGUAUAUGCACACGGACGUCUGUAUGUGUCCUAGCCGUCAUGCACGGAUGACGACAUCAUUUCUGUAAUUCGGACCUCAGCAUACUCGCCUUAAUUUUUGUCUUCCUCUGUCCGCUUAGUGUUAUUUUUGCCUACUUGAUCCGAUCCACUACGGUUCAAUUUGUGUGUCUCCAGUGAAUCCCACACUCCAUACCAAUAGGGGGUGUAAUAAGAAUGAAUUUGAAUUAAAAAAUGAAGAGUUUUUCUCCUUUUGAGAGCCUCUCUUUACAAAAAGAAGCACACAAGCAUGUGUUUCUUUAUAGUAUUCGUUGAAUCGUAAAGUGAGCGCCACCUAUUGGACUGGACAGUGUUGGAACAGUGGGUUAUUUAGCACCUGGAGCACAGUAUCAACACUAUCACAUAAUAAUUACGGCUGCACUUCUGUGCGAACACUUGCAAACCUCGGAGAUUUAAAACAUAUUUAUGAUGCAAGAUGAAUGAAUGGCGGGCUGCAUUUGGCCCCCGGGCCACGAGUUUGAAACCUCAGCCUCGAUCAGAGGAGAUGAAACGGAGAGAUAAAAGAGAGGAAAUGAAUCAUGGUAGAAAUAAACAAUGGAUUGAUACGUUGAGAUGUUUAUCACGUGAUGACGUGGCGCGUGUUUCACAAGCGAAAGAAUCCGUUACUGCAGGUUUAAGCGUGUUUUUAAUGACUAACUGUGAUGAUGUCAUGUGUUUACGUGUUUGGUUUGGAAGUUGUCCGUGAUGUCGUCUGGUUGUUCAGGAAAAACCUCGGGCUCCAGGUUUUUGAUUUUCAUGUUUGACCGGUUUGUGUCACUCUGUGUGUUGUUGUGUUUUAACAGUAAUAAUAAAGGGAAGUAAAGUCCAGACGAGCUGCAGGAGUCUGAGCUUUCAUUUUAAUCUA